AUGACCGAUUCUCUCCAUCGACAGGCCAUGGGUCCUCCCAAUAAUGUAGCGUACCGCACGCCUGCGGUACUACCGUUUGAACUGAUCCAGCAUAUUGGAAUCUUCUUCGAGGAAAAUCUCUACACUCAAGGUUUAAACCUUCUGUACAGUACCCUCGCCUCGGGGACCUAUGCCUCUCGGAAAGCGUUUGUCCCUUUACCACAACAUAUUGCGCUCGCCGUCACGUUCCUCGUUCACCCAACAACUACAACUCGCGCCAAGUCUGCCGAGGCAAAGGACGCAGCCUCCGUGGCCCUACAGCUUCUUCGGCUCCUCUCUACCCUCGUCAGCCCAAAGGAUUGCAGACUGAAUAAUGCAUUUGUAUUUACGCAUCAAACACUGCGAUCGGGUCGCCGGCACCAUGCAGAUCAUGGGGACAGUGAUUUACACUCGCCUGGGAGCAAGCCAUUGAAUUUAGACAUGGGCCAAUCCGAUUCGCUGUGGUCGCGGGCGGAAGACUUCUGGCAUGCUGUGGGUUGGGCACUUAAUUGCUCUGUGCUUCAUCCCGAGCGGUGGGAGCGAUGGCAGGUCUGGCUGCAGUAUAUGUGCGAGGUCAUGGAAGAUGAUUGGGAACAACGGUUAGAAACAUACAGAGCAAACGAAGCUCGGAAAAAAGACGACGCACGAGAGGUUGAAUCUGAACAGGCUGAACAAGCUCAAGAUGCCGAAAACGCAGAAGGAGAAGCCGAGGGUGCUCAGAAGAACGCUGCACGGGGCACUGGAACCGAAAAAUCGAAAGGCAAAAGUACAGGGGCUCGGAAGAAAGCACAAGAGUCCAAAGAAGCCGAGGAGCCGAAAGGCAGGGGCAGGAGAGUCUGGCAGAAUGUCGCCCCUACUGAGAAAGUCGACCGAAGAGCUAAGAAGGUGGAUGAGGAUCUAAGCAUCUUGCGAGAGAGCUUGAUUUUUCAGUUCAUUUCAGCCGUUAAUGAAAGUGGACGAAGUCGAAGGAUAUUGAGAGCUAUUUUCGCCGACGGAAGUACCACCUCGGUCAAUGAGUUUCGGGAGGUGUUUAAGAAAGAGCUCAAGUCUCGAAGCGGGCCCGAAAAGGCGAAGAAGAGAGAGCGCGAGGUCAAUAUUGACAAGGGGCAGUAUGGCGAUUAUUUGUCGCAAGAUGAGACAGAUGACGAAGUAAAUGGAGCUGUGGACCCGAAAAAUCCAGAUUCAGGCCCAGUCCCGAACAAGACGAGGAACAAGGACUGGAGCGCCCCCGCGGAGCCUGCAAAUGUUGGGCCUCUGCCUCAUCAGAAUGUUGGACUUUCGCCGAUGGGUGGCAUCGACUCUCUUCGAUUGCGCAAACGACUCCUCGGCAUUCUUUCAGAUGUCUCGUACCAACUACCUCAGGAUUUUAUCCCUGUGCUGGACCUCUACAAUCUUUUCGCGGACAAUAUUAUUGCUCAACCUCUGCCUAUUUUCCAGGCUUUCGUUAGCCCUUUCAUCCUCCCCGAGCUUACAGAUGCGGAGCAAACUACCCUCUGUGAGAUCAUGCUAUACAGCCUGCGGGAAGCCUCUGCUCCAUCCUCUGAUGAAACUUAUCUCUACCAAUCAAAAUUGGAGAAAUGCUUCCUCCCAUUCGGGGCAGCCAACGGUAGUGUGGUCAACAACACCAAGGUGUCCAUGCUUCUCGAGGCAACGAUCAUGCUCCUGGGGAAAAGUGACAUGUUAACUGCCACGCCAUCUUUCAAGAAAGUUGUGCAGUCUGGAAUUGACCGUCGGGAAGGUAGAGCACGAGAGGAGCCCCGGCGCAGCCAGAAUAGCAAGAAGCAGGAGUCACUUGAAUUGACUUGGUUGCGGGAAAGCAGUGAAAGGCUCUUGUCUCUUGCUGAGCUUCUGUCACCCCCUGGCCAAUUCGUCAACGUGAGGGUGUAG